AUGAAUAUGAUUCAAGAAUCCCUCAAAUUGACAAAUAUCUCCACAGGAACUACCGGCCUGAAUGAAGUUUCUGGAAAACACAUCAGCGCUUCAAUGUGCUUAUGCAUCGAUUGGAACCCGCCCGCCACAUCCAUGGCGGUAGGCCUCUCUGAUGGCUCGGUCUCAAUAGUCUCAUUAGACGAGUCCGGGCUGAACACACUGCAAGAAUGGAAAGCCCACGAGUUUGAGGUAUGGGCAGCCUCGUUUGACACCCAAAGGCCUACGUUGGUGUACACGGGAUCGGAUGACUGCAAAUUCAGCUGCUGGGACUUGCGAGAUAAACCGUCCAACUCGGUUUUCCAAAACACAAAGGCCCACGAGAUGGGAGUGUGCUGCAUCACAAAAAGCCUGUUUGAUCCAAAUAUUGUGCUCACGGGCAGCUAUGACGAGCGGCUGAGGGUAUGGGAUGUCCGAUCAGGCAUGAGACCCGUGAACGUGUCCUCCAUAUGCUUAGGAGGUGGGGUUUGGAGAAUCAAACACCAUCCAUACGAAAAGGGACUUGUUUUGGCGGCUUGUAUGCACAAUGGAUUUGCGGUCAUUAGAUUUGAAGAGGAGAAAGAGGAGGUAGUGGAGAUGUAUGGAAAACACGGGUCGCUCGCGUAUGGUGUGGAUUGGCAGUGGGGGGGAAGGGGGAUGCAGCCGGUGGUUGCUUCUUGCUCGUUUUAUGAUCGCCUCCUUCGUGUGUGGAGACCAGAAAGGGAUGUGUAUGCAUAG